AAGAAUAAGAAGGAAUAUUUGUUCGAUCGUUAAAGAAAGAGGGGAUAAUAUGCGCCUCUUUCUUUUUCGCAGUCACUUGUGUUCUGACCGUUGCACCGACAUGAUCUGUCUCGAAGCGCAGUAUUUUAAUCUGAAUAGAAUCCUUUUACAAGGCACUGCACAAUGGCCGUUUGAACUGUCGAAACUCGCACGACUUCAGUUUAUUAUAAACUGGACUAUUCUCGUUUCCGCUAUUAUGUGUCAGAUAACUACAUUUGUUACGUCACAAUUCACAUCUAAAUUUGCUAUUAAGGUUAUCUCCUGUAUACUGUUCUUAUCUUUUUUGACGAUACAUUACAUGUCAUUUCGAAUUAACAUCAAAACCCUAAAGGAUUUGAUGGAGCAACUUCACUAUGCAUGCACCAAACUAAGAGACAAAAAUGAAAUCGCUAUAAUACAAGAGUAUGGCAGGACUGCAAAUCGUGUUACAGCUGCAUGUGUCGUACUUAUUGGUAUUACAAAACUUGCUUUUUGGGCCGUUCAAAUUGCAAUACCUUAUCUCGAUAACGUUGCACCUAUAAAUGGAUGCCGACCACGUCGAUUAUAUAUAGAUGUCGAAUACUUUAUUGAUCAAGAAAAAUAUUACUAUGUAAUUCUGAUUCACAUGAAUGCAGCCUUAUUUAUUGGAAUAUUAACUGUAAUAGCAACGGGAACACUGAUGAUUAUGUUUUUCCAACAUGCAUGCGGAAUGUUCAAAAUUGCUUGGUAUGAAACUGGACACAACUUAACCACGAGAAUUCUCCAAAAUUAUCGUAUCGAACACGCGAUUGGGAUUAAUAUACUAAAAAAUAUUAGUUUUAACAGCGAACCUUCCAUUUCCAAGAAAAUAGUGUAUGCUGUAGAUAUUCAUCGGGAAGCUAUGCAAAUAAUCGACCAUUUGAUGAACAGGUUCGAUACAAUGUACUUUUGUUUAGUAGUGCUCUCGGUGAUUACACUGAGUCUCAAUCUUUUCCAAAUUUCUCAAUCUGUGAUAUUCGAACAUAAUAUAAAAGAAGCUAUAAUUCCUACUAUAAGCGUAGUUGUUCUUAGUAUAUACGUGUUUCUUGCCAAUGUGUGUGGACAACAUAUAACGGAUCACAAUAAUGAAAUAUAUGCUGCUGCAUACAACAUUCGGUGGUACUUGUGCCCUCACCAUGUACAAAGACUGAUAGUGUUGCUUUUGCAAAGGAAGGCUAAACAAUUUCAUUUAACUUGCGGAAGACUGUUUAUAGCAUCGUACGAGUUUUUUGCAACGGUAAACUUGUUAGCAAAAGCAACGAUGUCUUACUUUACUCUAAUGCAUUCCACACGAAGAUAAGAUAGAAACACAUCACUAAAGACAAAAAUAGUGUAUGUACAAAAAAUAUAAUAAUAUAUUAUGUUCGAGUUCGAGCGAUUGUAGAGGUUGAUUGGAUUUUAAAUAAUUAUACCUUACAA